CGACAAGUUUGUCCUGACAUUUUUCCCGGCUACAUUUUCCUGGCCAGUUCAGUAACUUCACUGAUAGAAUGCAUCUCGAUGCAGCAUUGCAGUGAAUCGGAAAUCGGCAACUCGAUCAUCAACACUGGCACAAUCUCAUCCAUACAUCUUAUCUCUACCCUCCCGAUUCCCCAAUCCGAUCAGGAAGAAUGCUAUCAACGAGAUGGCGGAGCGGGCGCCUGAACCAUGAUAGCGGAGCGGCGAGCGGAUGCUGCACUCUGGGAGGCGGCCCGCGCACCUGCCUGUAUCUAUGUGACAGCCACGCGAGCAGCUUCCUUCUCUACACUUGAGGCACUUAAAAUGACCACUCAUCCCCCUCAACAAUGGCUUCAAAUUCAUCAACAGACAUCUCCCCUUCACCAUCAUCAUCAACCAUGGGCUCAAUCUCCGGCUGGAAGCGCCUCAACGUCGCCAUCGUCGGCGGCGGCAUUGGUGGGCUAGCAGCCGCCAUCUCGCUCCGUCGCGCAGGCCACCAAGUCACCAUCUAUGAGCGCCACGACUUUGCAGGUGAAGUCGGUGCCUCGAUUUCCUGCGCUGCAAACGGCACGCGCUGGCUGCACGAGUGGGGAGUUGAUAUUCCCAAGGGCGACCCCGUCGUGCUGAAGAAGCUCAUCAACCGCGACUGGAAGACCGGCGAGCCGGUUAGCGUGUAUGACCUUGAUGAUUAUGAGGAGCGCUGGGGUUAUGUGUAUAAUAUGUUUCAUCGGCAGUAUAUGCAUUCUAUGCUCAAGGACUGUGCAUUGCAGGAGGAGGGGAAGGGGAUGCCUGUGAAACUGCUUGUUAACCACCCUUGCGAAAACAUCGACAUGGAAACCGGCCUCAUCACCUUCUCAGACGGCACAACAGCCCAGCACGACCUCAUCGUCGGCGCCGACGGCAUCGGCUCCGCCGUCCGUCGGAUUAUCGGCCUGCACCCCGAAAAAACCGCAGCCCCCUCCAGCUGUCUCCACGCAAACGUCAUGACAGAGGACGCCGUGAAACUCGGCCUCGUCGACUACUCGCAGGACUCCGCGCUGCAAUACUGGGGCGGCCAGGAGGGCAAGUGGGAUAAGAUUGUGCUUUCGCCGUGUAAUGGCGGGAAACUGCUUUCGUAUUACUGCUUCUUCCCACGGGAGGUUGGAGACUAUACGAGUCAUACGUGGGGAGGCGAGGAUCGGCCGGUUGAGGAGUUGCUUGCGCCGUAUCCGGAGCUGGAUGAGCAGGUGCGGUCGCAUUUGGCGAUUGGGAUUGAGGUGCGGCCGUGGAGGCUUUGGGUGCAUCAACCAUACGAAUAUAUCAGCCGCAACAUGGUCUGCCUGCUCGGCGAUGCAGGCCACCCGAUGAUGCCGCACCAGAGCCAAGGCGCCUGCAUGGCGAUCGAAGACGCCGCCGCGCUGGGCAUCCUCUUCAACGAGGAGCACUUCUCCGGCGACGUCGCGCAGACGCUCCGCUACUACCAGGAGAUCCGCCUCCCCCGGGUGACCAAAGUGCAAGCUGCGUCGGCCAAAGCCGCAUACAACAUCAACGAGCGCAUCGGGUUCUCGAGUAACACGGGGAACACGAAGUACAGGGUCGAGGAUGAGAAGAAGAAGCUGACGAUUGAGGAAAUGAAUGCGUAUGACAUGUAUAAGGAUAUUGAGGAGGUUAUUGCGGUGGAUCGUGGGGUGCCGUUUGAGGGGAAGUUUAUUCGCGGGUUGCCGGUUGGGUUGAAGUUGUCGAAUGGAGUUACUGUUGGCGAGGAGGCUUAAAUUUGUACUUUAUGAUGCCUUGUUGUUUAGCGUUUAUUCAUGAAUACUGUUAUGUUCAAUCUGAUU